UUUGAUUUUUUCAAUUUAAUUAAUUUAUGAAAUUGAUAUCAUAUCAUUUUAUAAAAAAUAAAAUUUAUUUUAUACAUAUAUUCAUCUGGUAAAUAAAAUCAAAUUUAAAAAAUUAAUAAUUUUUGAAAAUUAGUGGAUUUCAAAAUUUUCAGGGUGUUUUGAAUUUCACCCAAAAUUAUGUAUGUUUUCUGAGCAGUGUUGCGAUGAGUGAUCCCGACACAACACCAAAUUACGAAAUACACCUUAAAUCAUUGAACACUGAAUCUGAUAGCUCUAGGGUUCUCUGUGAUGCUUAAAUCAUUGAUCUGUGCAAGGGAUCACUGAUUGAGCGAAAAUUUGGACGAACUUCAUUGAAUUCCUCAAUGGGAAAGGUUCGGCUGUUGGAUCUUGAGAAGCACUUUGCUUUCUAUGGCGCCUACCACAGCAACCCCGUUAACAUCGACAUACACAUGGUGUUUGUUUGGCCGAUCUUCUUCACAGCCCUUCUUCUCCUUUACUUCACGCCUUCUUUGUUCCACCUUCCUUCUGUCGAGUUUUCGCUAUUCGGGAACAAUGUUUUACUGUUCUUCAAUAUUGGGUUCCUGCUUACUCUGAUCUACGCCUUAUUUUAUAUCUCUUUGGAUGUGAAAUCUGGUCUUUUGGCUGCCUUCCUCUGUGUGAUUUGUUGGGUUUCCAGCAGUUUCCUUGCCGAUCGGCUCGGGUUUUCUCUGGCUUGGAAGGUUGUUCUGGUGGCUCAGCUGAUAUGUUGGACAGCGCAGUUUAUUGGCCAUGGGGUCUUUGAGAAACGAGCUCCAGCUCUUUUGGACAACCUUAUUCAAGCCUUACUAAUGGCUCCCUUCUUUGUACUGCUGGAGGCUCUUCAAGCCUUCUGCAGUUAUGAGCCGUAUCCAGGGUUCCGUGCAAGAGUUGAAGCAAGGAUAGAAGCUGAAAUUCAAGAAUGGAAAGAUAAGAAGCAGAAAUUAAUUUCUUAGUUUAUGCUGCUGCAGUGCUGCUUGUGUGUAAUCUAUGACUGUUCAGCACAGCUUCUGUAAAUAUAUUGUAUAAAAUAAAACAAUUGUGCCGUGCACAAACUUAAAAUCGUUAUGCAGUCAACUCAUGAAAUAGUCUGUAAUUUGCAGUGCUGGCAGACAAGAAAUGAAUGAACUCAAGCCUUCUGAUUGCUGUUA